AUGUGGUCGCAAGACUUUGUACGCGUCCUCCAAGGCGCUCGCAAGGUCGCGAACGAGCUCGCGCGUACGCAAGGCACUGAACUGACCGCCAAGACGGAGCAGCUGUCCAAGCACGCGGGCGAGAUCAGUCGCAACCUGCCGCACUUUUUUCACGGUACGAAUACCGCGACGGCUUCCAGUGGUGUUGGUGCUAGUGCUACUUCAGCACCUGUACUUCCAAAAGACGAGCGUGCCAAGCACCUGCUACUUCACAAGCAGCCGAAGCACGCAGCAACCGAAAGAAAAGUAACGCCACCGGAACUUACCCCAACCCUUAAACCAGAACUGCCACCACCCAAUCAGAUUCACUCACUACAGGCAACUCAGAAGAGCAAAGCAACGAAUCAGACAACGGAAGCAACGAAUCAGACACCAGAAGCAGCGAAUCAGAAGAAUCAGGUACUGGAUCGGACCAAGGAAGUAACGAAGCAGGAAGCAGGUGCUGGCAAGACAAACACUGCCAGGGCCGCUGAAGUAACGCUAGAGGAGGACACCCCGCCACGUCGCGUGUGGGAAGAGAAGCACGUGCCGUCGUCGCCCUUGUCCCGUAUCUUGGGCUUUGGAGGGCUCGCUGCGAGACUCGCCAUGGGAACAGCUGCGGAGAUGGUGCGCACGGGCGGCAAGCACGGCACGUACAACGCGCUCGUGUCGGACUCCAACGCGGAGAAACUGGCCGAGACGCUGUGCACGAUGCGGGGCGCGGCCUUGAAGCUCGGCCAGAUGUUGAGCAUCCAAGACGAAGCCAUGAUCCCCUCGACGCUGGCGGCGGCGCUCAACCGGGUUCGUGAAAAUGCGCAUGUCAUGCCCAAGGAGCAGCUGUAUCGUCAGCUUGAAGUGGAGCUUGGGGAGGACUGGCGAAGCAAGUUCCAGGAAUUUGACGACGUGCCAAUUGCUGCUGCAUCGAUUGGACAAGUGCACCGCGCUACGCUGUUGAACGGUGAUCGCGUGGCGAUCAAGAUCCAGUAUCCAGGCGUAGCACAGUCGAUUGGCAGUGACCUUCUUAACUUGAAGCGGCUGGUAACGUACACGAACAUACUGCCACGUGGUCUGUACAUUGACGAGAUCAUUCGUGUCGGUGAAGAAGAGCUCACGGCCGAGUGCGACUACGUUCAAGAAGCAGCGAACCAGGAACGUUUCAAGGAGCUUAUCCAGCAGAGCGGUAUGGCCGAACAAUUUAUUGUGCCGCGUGUGUACCGGCAACUAUCGACGGCACGUAUCCUGACGACGCAAUUGAUCUCGGGCGUUGCCGUUGACAAGGCCGUGCAUCUCUCACAGGAUGUACGCAACAGCAUCGGCCGCCGUCUUCUCGAGCUCACGAUCCAUGAGCUCUUCAAUUGGCGGUUCAUGCAGACGGACCCGAAUUGGAGUAACUUCAUGUACAACGCAUCCACCGGCACGAUUGGGCUUGUGGAUUUUGGUGCUGCUCGCGAGUAUCCAAAGUCGUUUGUCGAUGACUACUUUAAUAUUGUAUGGGCGGCGGCGAACGAGGACAAGAAGACACUGGUGGACUAUUCGAUCAAGAUGCGCUUCCUCACUGGCGACGAGUCGCCUGCGAUGAUGCGUGCCCAUGUUGCGGCAGGUAUGGCGGUUGGCGAGCCUUUCCGGUCACACGAUCCGUUUGAUUUCGAGAAGAGCAAGUUGACUUCUCGACUGAGCCAGCAUACAGAAGUGUUCAUGCACGGUCGUUUGACACCUCCGCCGCAAGAAGUAUACUCUCUGCAUCGGAAACUUGCAGGUGCCUUCCUCAUGUGCAUCAAACUGCGAGCCGUUGUACCAUGUCGGGGCGUGCUUGAGGACGUGCAGCGGUAA